AUGCGCAGCGCCGUCUCCGGCGGCGCCAAGUUCCUCUACAGCGCCGCCGUCAUCGGCACGGAGGGCACGAAGUGCGCGUGCUCCGUCGCGUACGUCCUCGCGACGGGCGGGUCGCCGACGUCCAUCUACCGCUACCUCAAGGCGGAGUGGCGCAAGUUCGCGCUGCUCGCCGUGCCCGCGGGCAUCUACAACUUCCAGCAGACGCUGGAGUACAUCGCCCUGUCGAACCUCAACGCCGCGCUCUUCUCGGUCUUGGUCCAGACGAAGCUCCUGACGACGGCGAUCUUCUCCGCGGCGCUCAUGGGCAAGAAGCUGCGCAAGGCCCAGGUCAUCUCGCUGCUGCUGCUGACGACGGGCGUCAUGCUCGCGCAGCUCACGAAGGACCGGGGCGGCGAGAAGGAGGGCGAGAACCAGCUCACGGGCGUGCUCGCGACGCUCGGCAUCGCGCUGAGCAGCGGCUUCGCGGCGGUCUACACGGAGAAGGUCAUCAAGGCCCAGCGGCCGGCGCCCGAGGCCAACGGCGCGACGUCGCCCCGCGAGACGGGCCUCGCCUACACGCAGAUCCAGCUCGCGAUGACGUCCCUCGUCAUCGAGGGCGCGUGGGCCGCGAUGACCGACUCCGCGAACAUCCUCGAGCACGGCCUCUGGUACGGCUUCGACUACAAGGCCAUGAUCUCCGUGGGCAACUCCGCCAUGGGCGGCCUCACGGUCGCCGCGGUCCUCAAGUUCGCGGACGCGGUCCUCAAGGGCUACGCGACGGCCAUCUCCGUGCUCCUCACGGGCGUCAUGUCCAUGCUCCUCUUCGGCACGUCCCUCAACGCCGAGUACGUCCUCGGCAUGGUCAACGUCCUCGCCGCCGUCAUCCUCUACAACGCCAAGAACCUCGACGCCAACGCGUGGUAG